AUGCCUUCCAGCGAUCCACUGCCGCCCAAGGAGAGUGCGCUCUUCAGGAAGCUGUUGAAAUGCUAUGAAAUGAAGCAGUACAAAAAUGGUUUAAAAUUAGCGAAGCAGAUUCUCUCGAAUCCCAAAUAUGCGGAGCAUGGUGAAACAUUGGCUAUGAAAGGCUUGACCCUAAAUGGUCUGGGUCGUCGGGAUGAAGCGUAUAAGUAUGUACGUUUAGGUUUGCGAAAAGAUUUACGAUCCCAUGUUUGUUGGCAUGUUUACGGUUUACUCCAGCGGAGUGAUAAAAAAUAUGACGAAGCGAUUAAGUGCUAUCGAAACGCUUUGAAAUGGGAAAAGGAUAAUCUACAAAUUCUUAAGGAUUUAUCACUGCUGCAGAUACAAAUGCGUGAUCUCGAAGGCUAUAAGGAAACACGCCAUCACCUAUUUACUCUAAGACCCUCGCAACAUGCCAGCUGGAUUGGUUUCGCAAUGAGCUAUCAUUUAAUUGGGGAUCUCGAAAUGGCCAAUAGUAUACUGGAAACCUUCAGUCAAUCACAAGCCUCUAUAGAAACUCAUGAUUAUCGCCAUUCAGAACUUCUGCUGUACCAAAAUCAAAUACUUAUAGAAGCUGGAAAUCUUCAGCGAGCGCUUGACCAUCUUCAUCAAUAUGAGAGUCAAAUUGUCGAUAAGCUGGCUGUUCAAGAAUCCGUGGGUGAUUUGCAUAUUAAGUUAGGACAACCGGCAUUGGCUGUACCCAUUUUUGAGGAGUUGAUUCGUCGCAAUCCGGAGAACACAUUAUACUAUUCGCAAUACUUUGCAGCACGAGAAUUUACGGAACCAGCUGAUAAGCUGGCUGCUUUCAAACAAUUCGAGGAAAUAUACCCGCGCGCCAUGUGUCCCAAACGAUUGCCACUGGAUGUUGCUAGUGGUGAUGCAUUUAGGGCCGCCCUGGAUUCGUAUCUGCGCCGCGGUUUACGUAAAGGCGUACCACCAUUAUUUGUAAACGUGCGUGUAUUACAUCGUAAUCAUGAAAAAGCGGCGAUUAUUGAAGAAUUAGCGUUACAAUAUUAUGAAAACUUGACACGUUCUGGACACUUUUCAAGGGAAGAUGCCGAUGCAAAUCUUCCAGUAGAGCCAGCGUCGGCACUUGUUUGGACGGCAUUGUUCUUGGCACAACACUACGACUACAAACGCGAUACGGAACAUGCUCUGGAAUACGUAAAUGCAGCAAUUGAACACACGCCUACGCUCAUUGAGCUUUUCAUGACCAAAGGUCGUAUUUACAAGCAUGCUGGCGACCCUGUCGAAGCUUACAUGUGGAUGGAUGAAGCUCAAAGCAUGGAUACCGCUGAUCGUUAUAUCAACUCAAAAUGUGCCAAGUACAUGCUACGUGCGAACUUGGUUAAGGAGGCUGAAGAAAUUUGUUCAAAAUUCACACGUGAAGGUGUGACUGCCAUGGAAAAUUUGAACGAGAUGCAGUGCAUGUGGUUCCAAACCGAAUGUGCACUCGCUUACCAACGCAUGGGUCUUUGGGGUGAUUCAUUGAAGAAAUGUCACGAAGUAGAUCGUCACUUUUCCGAGAUUAUUGAAGAUCAAUUCGACUUCCAUACGUAUUGUAUGCGUAAGAUGACGUUGCGUGCGUAUAUCGGACUAUUGCGAUUGGAAGAUGUGUUACGUCGCCAUCCUUUCUACUUUAAAGCGGCGAAAUGUGCCAUAGAGGUAUACAUUCGCUUAUACGACAAACCGCUCAAAUCGGAAGAAACCAUUGAAGAAAUUGAUUCAGAAAAUCUCCCACCAUCGGAGCUGAAGAAGCUGCGUAGUAAGCAGCGUAAGGCCAAGAAAAAAGCCGAACUUGAAAGCGCACAAGCUGCACAAGCGCAAGUUAAGCGUGAACAACAUCAAAAAUCCAAACAGCAGGCAAAUCAGGAGGCUGAUCCAGAGGCUCCGCAAUUAGAUGAGCUCAUACCAGAAAAACUAGAGCGACCGGAUGAUCCACUCGAUAAGGCUAUUGAGUUCCUUAAACCAUUACAACAAUUGGCCAAAGAUCGCAUUGAAACGCAUUUACUGGCAUUUGAAAUAUACUGCCGCAAAAACAAAAUAUUGCUUAUGCUGCAAUCGAUUAGACGUGCGAUCGCCAUCGAUGCGACACAUUCAUCUAUACAUGCAUGCAUAGCUAGAUUUGCGCAAGCCUUGUCCAAACUAACAGCCAAUGGUGAGUUGAAUGUAAGCGUACAAACGGUUAUAGACAAGGCCACAAAAGAGCUGAUAGGAACAAAGAGUGUACAACAAUUGAAUGAUGAGUUUGUGGCGCAAAAGUCUGACUCCAUAAUGCAUCUAUACGAGGGCGCACGCAUAAUGUACGAGCUGGAUCCGAAUAAACGCAAUGAAGCCAUUAAGUUGAUUACCUCAUUCGACAUUAAUAAAGUAAAACUGGAAGAAGCCACAAAGAUCUUUGAAGCGCUACGUAGUGGCGCUUUCGGUGAGUGUACUGCAGAGUUAAGGCAAUACCGGACUACAUGUCAGCAACGUUUCAAGUAUGCGCGCGUCUUCAAGGACAUUGCGGAUACCGAAUCGAAUGCAGCUGCCAAUGAUGUAAAUCAUGUUGAUGAGAAAUCAAAACCGAACGCUAUAUCUGCUGAUGAGAAGACUGCGGAUUUGUAAUACAACUGCAAUAUGCAUAUGAUAUGCAAUUCAACUUUAACUAUAUAUUACUAUAUAUUUACAAGAACAACAAGAGCAUGUGCAAACCAUAAACCAGCAGCCGUAAUAACACCAAUUCAACCAAUAGAUAACGUCUAGAUACCUAAAAAAAAAUACAUUAAAAUAAAUUCACACGCAUACACAUCAAUUAAAAACGCUGAAAAUUCAAUUAAAAAAAGUUUAAGCUGAAUAAAUGUGUAGAUGAACAUCAAAGUAAACAAAAAAUACGAAAACAAAAUAAAGGGAAAUCGAAUGCUCGAACAUGAAAUAUAUUUAGAAAACAUCCCACAAACCAUUAUAUCAGCGCUUAAUGCAUGCGCAAACUAGCAAUUACAAUAACUAUAACAAUAAUAUUUAACAAAUUUAACUUAAAAAACACACAUGCAUACCUAUAUGCAUAAUAUAAAUGUGGUGCGGUUGUAGUAAAAUAAAAUACAAUAAAUAAUUAUGCAUACAACUCUUACGAGAAUGAAGUUGACAUGUUGGAAGUAAAUAAAAAGAACUACGAAAACACACAAUGUCUGCGCAUUAUCAACCACUAUUCAUUAUAACACUAACAUACCGAUUUCCUAACCUAAUUUUCACACUUGAGACCUUAUAUACCGUUAAACUGUGCUGAGCAGGUUAAUUACUUUUUUUUUUUCUUCCUAAAGGAAUAUUUGCAACACUCUGCAUGAGUGUCUUCAUUAAUUAUUGUCCGUAGCAGGCAAACGUUUAUUUUUUUUUUUGUAUUUUGUAACUUGAUAAUGAAAUACAAAGGGAAAAAGUAAAAACAACAAAACAAAUUAAAUAUUAAUAUCUUUGCAUAAAAGUAGCUCUAGUUAAUUGAUAAUAGGUGAUGUCAGAGAAUUUUUCCAUAACAAUUUUAAAAACGCAUUCAAAUGACUGUAAUUCGUUGACGGGGUUCAGCGUGACGGAAAGAGUGAGUACGGUCGAAUUGUAGAGAAAACAAUUAUUUGUGUAAGAUAUUUGGAUGCAUUGAAUAUUUAGCGAGGCAAUACAAAUUAAAAAAAAAAAAAUAAAAUAAAAUAAAGUAAAAAAUAAAAAAUAAAUUCGAAAAUAUACAAGCAAAGGAUUAUAAAGCAAAGCACUAGAGCAGAGAUUUAAUAAAUGAAGGCAACAAAAAAAAAAGAGCAAUUAACAUUUUUUUUCCAGAAUAUACAUACAUACAAACAUGCAUUAAUAUUAAUUACAUAUUCCUGGGACUUUUCACAUGGCAUACCUUUGAUGUAUAUACAUUACUUGUAUGUCAACCUUUGUUAUACACAGGUAUGCAAUUAGAAAUCGCAAACGAGAAAAAAAAACAAAUUCCUAACAAAACGAAAAAGUUGUUGCGCUGCACAUUUCGUACGCAAAAUCAAAACGUAACUAAUAUAUAAUGAGUAUUACAAAUUGGUAUUUGCUUAAAUAUAAAUUCAUGUUAUCUAUUUUUAUUUUAAAUUAAUACAAUUGAAAAUACUUUAGCGUAGUUAGGCGGCAGGCGCAUCAACUUGUUUUCAGUGUCUCCUUUUUUACAACAAAAAAAAAAAAAA